CCCCCACCGGGCGGGCAGCCGCCAGCUCCGCCCUCGCCGCCUCGCCGUGUGUCCGGGCCUCGCCGUGUCGGGAUGAGCCGCGCUUCUCCAUGGAGACCAAACGGGCCGACAUCCCCAGCAGCGUCCUGGACGACCUAUGCAGCCGAUUUAUUUUGCACAUUCCAAGUGAAGAGAGAGACAAUGCAAUCAGAGUGUGUUUUCAGAUUGAACUUGCCCAUUGGUUUUACUUGGAUUUCUACAUGCAAAACACACCAGGAUUACCUCAGUGUGGGAUAAGAGACUUUGCAAAAGCUGUCUUCAGUCACUGCCCUUUUUUACUGCCUCAAGGUGAAGAUGUACAAAAGGUUUUAGAUGAGUGGAAGGAAUAUAAAAUGGGAGUGCCAACUUACGGUGCAAUUAUUCUUGAUGAGACACUUGAAAAUGUUCUUUUAGUUCAGGGCUAUUUAGCAAAGUCCGGUUGGGGAUUUCCUAAAGGAAAAGUAAAUAAGGAAGAGGCUCCUCAUGAUUGUGCUGCUAGAGAGGUGUUUGAAGAAACUGGGUUUGAUAUAAAAGAUUAUAUCUGUAAAGAAGAAUACAUUGAGCUGCGAAUUAAUGACCAGCUAGCACGGCUGUACAUCAUUCCAGGAGUUCCCAAGAAUACAAAGUUCAAUCCCAAAACAAGAAGGGAAAUUCGGAACAUUGAGUGGUUUUCCAUCGAUAAAUUACCAUGCCACAGAAAUGACAUGACCCCCAAGUCCAAGCUAGGUUUGGCACCUAACAAAUUUUUUAUGGCCAUUCCUUUUAUCAGGCCACUGAGGGAAUGGAUUUCCCGUAGGAAUGGAGGAGAUUCCUCAGAUAGUGACAGAAUUUCACCUACAGGGAGCACACCCUCUAAGCCCAAUGUGGAAAAAGCUAGACCCAGACUUCGUAGUGGUCAACAGCUGCUCACAGAUGGCUCUUCAGGAGAGCAAUGGACAAAGCAAAAGCAGCAACAAAAGCCAUGUAAUCAUCCUGAGACAUCUGAAACGUUAAAAACAAAGCAGAAUCAGAGUGUGAAGGGCAACGGCAGAAAGCAGAAUCAAGACACUCCUGUCCAAAAGAAGAGAAAUGGAGCGCACAGUCAACAAGCUAAGCAAAACCAUGCCUCGAAAUGUGAAAAAAAGCUUAAUCCAAGAAAACUUCAAGAUAACCUUGAAACAGCAGAUGCAGCAUAUGAGAUCUGCUGUUCUGGUGAAGAUCCGCUGCAGGAACACACGGAGGGGCAGUCUGUGGCAUGCAAUGGCAAUUACAAAUUUGCUUUCUCAUCUAGAGCUUUCUUGAGUUUCAAGUUUGACCACAAUGCCAUAAUGAAAUGUUUUGACCUCUGACAGCAGAUCUUCUAUGAACAAAGUUCAGGCUUGCCUGUUGCAAUUGAGGGGGUUUCUUAUCUAGCCUUACUCUUUCUCAGGAGUUUUUUAAUUACUGUUGCUGAAUUUUUGUUGUUGUUCAUUUGUUUUUAAAUGCAAUGCAGGGACUGACUGGUGGUUUGGAAGGGUUGUUCUCUUUGCAGUAUCAGAGUGGCAUAGUCAAGUGUUGCACUUUAAAUGCAGUAUAGCCUUUGUCCACAGAAGUACCUUUCCAAUCCUCAGUUUACUUGUUCCUAGCCGUGCGUUAGAGGGCAUUCUUUUUCCUCGUUUUUUUUUUAACUUGUGUUUUUAUCAGAUUGUCACUGACAUUGACUUUUUUUUUUGUACUGCUGGAGUACAGCAGCUUGUUAGACUUCUAACUGCUCUGAUGUAAAGUAUUGGACUUGUUAGUCAUUAUUUUAUAGUGCAUUGCAAUAUUACGGCAGUGGCAAUUAAACUGGUUCUCAGAGGACUCCUCUGUCUGCCCUGGUAACGUUGAAACCGAAAGUUGCACAUUUCAAACCUUGCCUCAGCCUAUUAUCCUUUCUUUUUCCUGAUUGUUUGCCCGCUGUAUCUUCCUUCCUUCACACUGAAAAUGAACUUCUGUUGGCUGGCAAUCAGUAGUAGAUGGGUCAAAUUAUAGCAAUUUGACUUCUCAGGUACCUACUCUGCCACUGUUUCUAUAUGCAGAAUAGGUAGAACUUAGCCAUUCAGAGUGUCUAAUUUCAACUCUUAACCAGCUGGGAACAGCACAUAAAAAGAAGUGAAGAAGUUCUGUGUUAUCUCAGUAGUAGCUGCUUUCAUAAAAGAAAAGCUCGAACUUGCUUGUGGGAAGUUUCUUGUGUAGAAUUUAUAUUGAAUGUAAAUAAGCCUCUACAUCUUGCCAGGAGGAAAGAAGGUGCAUGGAUAAUAGAAUCAUCCUGUAACACUAAAUGACUUAAUCAGGCUUGCAAUAACUAUUCUAAAGAUGUCCAGUAUUGUAUUCCGUGCUGUUGUCGUCAGUUCUUUCCUUUAGUUUAUGCUCUGUAUAUGUAUAUAUAUACAUAUAUAUUGUAGUAUUGAAUUGCACUUGCAGUUAGCAUUUUAACGAUGUAGCCUCAGUCAUUUUCAGCUACAACACUUUCUUAGUAAAAAUAUCAAAUAUACAAAGAAAAAAACAAAAGCAGUAACAGUUGAGAUGAUGAACUGUUAAGUGUUAAAUCACAUUCGUGAUUUCUAUUAGCGAUUUGAACACAAGCUUUGCAGCUGAGAGAAACACACUGAACAUAUUUGAUACAGCAGCUUGUGUUCUCAGGCAUAUUGUCCCAGAUUUAAAAAUGGACUUCUAUCUAAAAUUAAGAUGUGUGAUUAGUAACUUUCGCACUGAAUGAACAAGGCCCUCUUCUCUCAUUCAGAGUGUGUGCUCAUGCACUGAGCCUUUAUGCAACUCAUGUGGCAUCCAAAAACACAAUCCUCGUCUUCCUUUAACUACCCUGCUUAAUUUAUUACCUAGUGUUUUUCCUCAGAGAUAGCUUUGGAAUCUGGCUUGAUUUACCUGCCUAAUGAAAGGCGAUUUGGGACUCUAAUGCUCUAACAAAUAUUUCUGGAGACAGGAAUCGUGGAUUUUUCUACCAGUUAGUAGGAGAAACAGACUACAGCAUUUCUUCCUUCUGGAGGACAAGAGUCCUGAGGGCCUUGUUUUCAAGACCAAAUCAUGAAAUAAUUCAAUCUAGCUUUGUCUCACCUUGUUUAAAAAAAAAAUUAAAAAAUUAAAAAUAAAAAUCCAAAGGCUGUUAAAAACCUUAAUUUGAUAAGUACAGUAAGUUAAAAGGUGGGAUAAUGCUGGAGGAGAUUACUCAGCUUCAGGUAAAAGUAAUCCUUAGUUAUGUCUCUAGUGCAAGUAGUUGAUUUCCCAGCAAAAGUGCCUUUACUCAUGGUGAGGCAGAAGUUUGUGUUCGUAUCUGGAGGCUGCUGCUGCCUGUGGGGUUAGCAAGAGACUCUGCUAGGGCAUGAUUCAGUAUCAGGCUGUGGAAAUCUCUAAAGUGUAGGUAGAUAUUUAAGAAAAAAGAAGUUAUAUUUCAUGUAGUGCUCUGUGAAUUAAGGGGAAUGUUGAUGAAACCAUGAACUUGGAACUUCUGUCACAGACAGAGGAAGUUUUUAACAUGAAGCGUGUCCCAUGAAUAAGAGUUGCUGGGUGCUUUCUCUUCACUGGAUCAUUUUUUUGUUCCUAGUGGAAGCCUGGCUUGGUGUAAGAGAGACUGAUCGCUUCAUUAAGCGGCCCAAAGUGGGGCUAAUACACAUUAAUGAUUUUAGUAAAUCUAGCCUUAAUGUGAGUUGCAAAUAAAUGUGAUAAAUAUGCAAUAACUUUUAAUUCUUUGUAUAAGGGUACUGUUCCUUGUAGUAGUAUUGCUUUCUGCUUCCUAAGUAAGGUUGCUAAAACAACGUGAGUGUGGUGGCAUGUGACCUAUUCUAUGGUUUCCAUCAUGCCCUGCACUGUGAGCAUUUUGGAUUGUUUACUGUUAGUCCAUGUUCUUAUUUCACCAUCAUUUUAUAGAUAAAUCUAUUUACGAGUUUAGAAAUAUACAGUUUACAUUCUUUUCUGUAAAACAGUGAAGAAAUAACAAGUGAGAGAUUUUAAUUCAGUUGUUACUUUUGGGAGCUAGACACAGGGAAAUAAAUUACUGCAUGUAAGAUGUAAGAGGUGAUGUCAGGAUGCUUGUUAAAACGAGACAGAGCGUUCAGAGUAUGAAUGGUCACUCCAUGUUCUUGAAAUUGAAGAAGGUAUGGAACGUCCAAGUUUUAACACAAAAACAACAAAUGUUUGUGUACCAGGAAUCCAGUACUGCUUUGCUAUUCCUAGUGCUGUAUGAACUGUCUUCCUUGGUGGAGUUCUAUGGCAUCUGUCCACCAUGCAGAAUGCCGUGAAGAUGGACUUAAAGAGUGAUCUGCCAAAUGAAAUACUGGAUGUUAUGUGCUGUUGCAUUAACUCCAGCACCUGGAUGUACAUGCAUGCUUCUGAAAAUACCUGUGUCUUGCAUAGCUUGAAGUCAGGAUAAUGGUGGUAUCGAGAAAAGGGGAUAUAGCUUUAUUUACUGCACAAUCAAAGCUUUUUAAUUUUUAAUAUUUUUUUUUACACAAUUUAAUUUUAGACCAAACCUGCGUGAGUAGUUUGUAAUAACUGUGGGCCUUGUUCUUUUACCAGGCUUCUCUGCUGUGCUCCAGCCUUCCAGAUCUAGUGUAGUGAAUUGAGAACAAUGCUGAUUGUGUUUUUCCUUCACCUACUUGUGGCUGUUGUUUACGUAACAGUUCCUUUUAUAAACAAGGCAGACUUUGGCUCUGGCUGUUCUAAUAGACCUGCUCUCAGAUUGAACAUUUUCUUCCAGCACUUUGCAUUGAUUGUUUUGCAGCGUACAGCAGCACUCAUACCAUUCUAGUAUGAUGAGCAACAGUCUGCAUUAGGAGUCCAGGCUGUAAUGUCCUAUGGUACAGAUGGCACUGCUACUCCAUAGGUUCCAGCUGUUGGGAAGCCAGUUAAUUCUCAACUACUUUAUUUUUCUGAAUGAAAUUCUACAUAAAAGGUUUUCUUGGAGAUAGAUAAUAUCAUGUGCCUUCAUCUUCUGGAUUAGGAAGUUACAUUCUGAGGACUGGUAGAAUAGCCUCUCUAGUUGAUUUAAAAGCAGAUUAUUAACAGAAAACUGAGCUUGCACUAUAACUGUUGAACCUGGUGCUUACAUGCAACUUCAUACAAAGUUCAGUUUGCUUUUGUUAUUAAAAUAUUUCAGCUUUUCAAGCAACCAAAAUAAUUUAUGUGGUAAAUUUCUACAAAGUGAAGGUGCUUUUACAGUAAAUUAGGCUUGGAAAUGUCACUACUCUUGCAUAGCAGAGUUUUGUUCUAAUGGUGUGUUUAUAGUUAUAGUCUUGCUCAGGAAUGACUGAAGUAGGUGAAGUUUAAGUAUCGGCACUGUUCUUAAUACUGUACAUAUGCACUGAAAGAUGCAUUAGGAUUUGUGCUGUGUGUGCAUUUAACUGUUUCAAGUAGGUUAUGAACUUACAAGCAAGAAGACGUAUUAGCAAUUACGUUGGCCAUGAUCAAGAUCAUGCAAGAUAAAAUCACUUGGAUUAGUAGGAGUAGGUUAAAAUCUAAUGCUUGGGUUCUAACCUGUCUUUUCAUUAUAAGCAUUAGGUUAAACUAGACCAACUUACAGAUUCCACUUCACUGGAACACUGACCUUUAGGUAGUUCUCAGCUGUGGAAUACUUCUGGGAAGAAAAUGUGUCUUCAGUUCAUCUUUCAAUAUUGGGGGAGGGGGACAAACAAAUAUACUUUAUUUUUAUUUGCUUUUUUUCCCCCACAGUGCACAAACUGUUUAAAAUUUAGUAGGUCUACCCUGAAUUUUAUGGAAAAUACUUGAUCACGAGAACCAACUUGCAAUUUGUUUCCAUUAUGGGUUACACUUCAGCGACCUGAAGAAGAUAACUAGAGUCCGUGGGGUGCUGAUGUUAAAACAGGCACCCGCAGCUUUGUAAGAAUACAGCACCUACAAACUCAGUUCUCUAGAACACACUUUCCACUGAUAAAAGGUUACUUGCAAGUUGUUAUUUUUUUUUUAAGCACGUUUGAGUAAAAUGAUUAAACUGGGGAGACAAACCAUUUGUUCUUACUGUUUGGAUACAUAUUGCUAUUACACAGGAAAGGUUUGUAAAAUUGCGUGAUUUAAGAGCUCUCUGCAAAUACUUCUCAAGCCUACACGUAACACAGGAUCCUUAAGGAACUUCACCCUGUCUGGUUGGCACUGUGGUUUGUGGAAGCAGAACUUCAGUCCCGAGGAGCAGCCCAUCCUGGUCUGCAAGAAACAUUAACAUGUGGGGAAGAAACAACAACAAAAGAAACAGCCAAAACAAACAAACACCCCCUUCCCCUCUGCCUCUUCCCCUUAAAAAUAAAAAUUCCCUAAACAAAAUAAACCACAAGAAGAAAACAGGCCCCACAGAGGAAGGUGGGGGUUUCUUCAUUAAUUCCGGCUUAAUACUGAAUCCCUGUAGAAGUUCUGGGACAUGGGCUGACUCAGAUGUUGCUGCCAGGAGAAAACUUUUCCUGUGCAGCGUUGCAUGCCUUGCAGCAAAACAGAGAGCCCGUGUUUUAUUCUAUGGCUCAUGCGUGAUGGUUCAUGUCUUCCUCCUGUUUCUUUUAAGCUCAAGAACUUAAAUCUGUUUUCCUCACUGGUAUGGGAGUGUCAUAUCAGUGCUAAGUAGAAAGUACUUACGGCUAGUUGUGGGUUGAACCUAUGUGAAGUUACAGAUUUUAUUCAUUUCCAUGAUGUUAUCUCAGAGGGUUUGUAUCGGUCAGCUCCUUGAUUUUAGUAAAUAAAAUCUGUAACUCUGUAACAUCAGCUGUACUGAUGAUUGUGACUUUAGUUUGUGAAUUGUGGAUGUAGAAGCCGAAGCACACAAUUUAAAAAGCAAUGACUAAAUUGGCAUUUUCUCCUAUGCUGUAAUUUCUCUCUAAAAUUAAAUGAGUUUAUGUACAAUCUUAA